GCGGUUUAUUGUGGAGUGUCGGAGGACGCUGCGAGCGAGAACCCCCAAGGAUGGAGGGGACGCCGACAUCAUGGAGACUGAUGAGAGAAUCCUUGCCAAGACGGCCGAGAUCAGAGUAAGAAGACCACAGCACCUAGCACUGGAGCUGGAGAGCGCAGUGGCAGUGGAAAACUUGGAACUUCAGGAGCAGAGGUCAGACCGCAAAGAGCUGGAGGAGACACUAGUUAAAUUAGAGAAACACAAAGAGAAACUGAUACAGCAAAUAAAGGGAACCAGACAGCUCUGCUAUGAAGAAAGUCAGCAGAUCCUAUCUCUGCAGGCAGAGGAGGCACAGAAGGAGAGCCAAGUGGAGGAGUAUGAGAGGGAGCUUUCCAGAGCCAGAUGGAGGCUGAGGAAGCUAAGAGAAGAGGUGAAACAGGCCAAGAGGAAAGUGGAAGAGGCUGGAGAGCGGAACAGUCCUCUACAAGACUCAAUCAGACAGUCUUAUGAAGAGAUCCUGCAGGAGGAGCACACCCUGUACUCUCUGUCAGGAGGUGCAGUCACUCCAGAAAGCCAUCUGGAUGAAUCAACAUCUCUUGCAGACACCACUGAAGAUAAUCUGCCGUCUCUGAGGCCAUGGGGAAGGAGCCAAUCACUGCCUGCCUAUGCUGACCUCAUAAUGGGGGGCAGUGGUUCACCUUUCUGCAAUAAUCUAGUCGGUACCAGAGAAGAAGAUGACAGUGGGACCAGCUCACCAAAGAUGGAUAGGUCUGACAUAGAGGAUGGCCUGGAGGAAGGGGACCUCAACGCCGAAGGGGAAAACGAAAGAGACCAGGAAGAGUUCACUAUGAACCCCAACCCCCUCAGCCAGCUGGACUUCUACCAAGCCAACCCCUUCGCCCGCUGUCAGUGUGACCAUGACCUCUUCAAUGAAGACCUAUUCCUUAAAACAGACUCAUCUGAUGGCUUUGGUUCUGACCCUUUCAAAGGCAGCGACCCCUUCGCAGCAGAUAUUUUGUUUCCGUUGACGAAUACUGCCACUGGUGAGAGCACAGGAAAUGCCGGUGACGAAGCAGACACCAGUCUGUCUUGUGUUGAAAACAAAGCUUCAACGGGAACUCAGUGCUUUGAGUCAGAAUUCCCAGAUGAAGACAGUGACAUAGAGAUUAGCUACAGUCGAGAGGACCUGGACACCAUUGCUAUGGAAGAUGAUUCUCAUGGAUUUAAACCCAUUCAGAGUUCGUCAGAGGAGCUGGGGCCAGAGCCUAUCCGAGGGUGGCGUUCCCAGGGACAGUAUUCUGUAGAAUCUGACCCUAAUGGGUAUGAGCUUGAUCUUGGUGCUGUCUCCCCGCCCUCCGACAUAGAAGAACAUAGUCUGGUAUCUCUGGCUGGAGAGGCUAUUACUCAGUCAUCAGCAGGAUUAGAGCAAGGUGAGUGUCUUGGUUUGACUCAAGCUGUUGGCGAACCUGUCCUGUUGGAGCCAGGUUGGACAGGCAACAGAGAGGAAACGUUGCCCUGUGAUGUCACUUACAGUCAGCAAACAGAACAGGUUAGGAGCAUCAAAGAAGAAAUCCAAAUCCCUGCUGUUCCACAGAACUCACUAGAGUCCCAGAACAUUUUCACUCAGCCUGACUCACAUCAGAACAGCCUUGAGUUGAACUAUGAACCAACCAGUCAGUCUUCCUUUGACCCGUAUGGCUUUAAACUCAGCCCAGAGCAUUCUAGUCACACUCUUUUAGACCCUGAUGAAGAUGAGUUGAGUCCAGAACCUGCUGAUGAUGAUCUGACCUUUGACCCUGAACCCUGCUCUUCUCAACAUCAGCUGAACUUUGAUGCCUAUGGGUUUGACAUUACCUCCUCCCAGAUGACACGGGACUUUGACCCUUAUGGCUUUAAGCUGAGCCCUCAAGAAGAGAACCAGGAAGUAUUGGAUCCCUGUGGCCAUGACAACCAGGAUGCAAUAGACCGUUGUACCAAUGACAACAAUGAGCAAAGAAAGCUCUCAAGCUAUAAUAACCCAGAAAUACUGAAACCUCAUACCCAUGAAAACCAAGAAGUGCUUGAAAAUGAUAGCCACAAUAACCAGGAAUUUCUAGAUUUGUGUAAUAAUGGAAACCAAGAAGUGCUGGAACUAUCUAGCCUCGAAAACAGGGAGGUGGUUAACCAUAAAAACCAAGUCCUGGAACUCUGUAGUCACAACAAUCAAGAAGUUGUGGACCUCUGUCGGAAUAAUAGCAGUGAGCAAUUACUUGAACCUUGUGACUGUCAUAACCAAGAAGUGCUGGAACCUCACAGCUUUGGCAGUCAGGACGUCCUGGACUUCUCCUAUCCUAAAAAUCAGGAAGUGUUAGAUUUAGAUAGCCAUGGUAACCAGGAAGUUUUGGAUUUUAAUAGCAAGGAAAACCAGGGCGUGCUAGUUUCAGGUAGCUACAAUAAGCAGGAACUUCAGGAAAAUCAGGAGUUACCUGACCAGGAGGGGUUGGACUUGUUGAGUACAGACAUUUUGCCUGAAGCAAACAACAUCCAGUGCAUUCUGGAACCAGAACAGGAUGUCAGUUCUGUUAAUGACAGCUCAGAUAGUGAUGUGGCAUCCGAAAAUAUGCUGGGACUGCAGCUCAGUAACCCCAGUGUCUGCACCUCGAAUACCACACAUACUAGUACUUUAAACAUGGCCAUCAGUAGCAUGUCUGCCAGCCAGGACCUUAAUUCGUCUGCUGCCCUGAUCCACCACAACCUUUUAGAAGGUGAUCUCGGUUCAGUGUUUGGGGCUGGAGGAUACAUUGGAUGUCCUGAUGUAGCUGAUGACCUAGAGCCAUUGCAGAGAAGGCAGACAAACCCAGUACCAGAGCCAGUACGACCAGUUAGGCCUCCUCGACCAUCUCUCAGGGCCAAGGACAAGGCCCAGUCCCAGACUCAGGUCAUCGAUUUAAAGUGAUCUCUCACCAUGAAACAUUCAAGUGAGGUUUACUGUGUCAGCACGGUUCCUGUGAUGACAACAAGGCAAGAAGUGAAGAUGAUAAGGAAUAAAGUACGACAAAGGGAAAUGCAAUGGAGGAAAAAUGACUAAAGAGCUCAUUCUGGUGUUAAUUAUCACAGUAAAUUAGUUCAGGUUAAUCAGAGGAGAAACAAUGGAAGGCAAGAUGAAAAAACUACCAGGAACCAAAUGAUAAAAAAGAUUUCCUGAUUAUUAUAUUAAGAAACAUGAUUUUAUCCAGUUUUUUUAUUUACAUCUGUCAAGGUUGCACACGACUGUCUGACCUACUAUCUUGUCUUUUUAUGAUUUGAUGAACUGAAGAAGGUUUUGACGGACCUGACUGGUCUGAAGUGCAAAUAAUGUCCAUGUUUGUGAUGUGACAUACAGUAAAUAUUAGGACAUAUGUUACAAGACUUCAAAUAGAUAAACUGUAUAUAAAUGAUACAAUGUAAUCUGCUGUUGUGGUUUUGAGAUUAUCUAUCCAAUUAGUAGUUUAGAUCUAAGUUGCAUAUGAGCUGUAGAGAGUUUAUAGUCAGAUUUACCAAUGAACGCAUAUCCACGCUCACAACAGUGUUUUCACACAUCAUUUAAGAGGCUCCUUAAAGAGAAGCAGUGGUUCACUGCCAUUCUAGGCUGGAUUCUUCAGUUUCACCAGUGACAAAGCACGACUGAUGGCUGUGGUCAGGUGUGUGCUUUGUUACAUGUGUAGCACGCUCAGUAGUAAUGCGAUGCCACCCAUGUUUAUAAUUGGACUGUAACUGAAAAGAUGGCCACUUCAUUCUUUGUUCCAAUUUCAUACUGCACACUAAUGCUGAAAAUAAAAACUAUGCAGGGAUUUUGGUUGUGUACUGUUAGUUAGGCAGUUACAGACGUAACUACCUAACUAACAGCGCAGGCUUCCAAUUCUUUCUUUUGUUUGGUAGCAACAAAUAAAAAAGCAGCAAAGCUGUCUCCACCCAGGAAAUGUGGGUGUGGUUUGGUGAGCAAUGAAAGUCAGCGACAUUGUCUGACUUCAAGUGGCGAUGGGCAAAAAGCCCAGGAUGAACUUUUCUCAUGUUGGAGGCCACUGGAGUGACUGACAUUUGUAAAUGCAUGAGGUCACCUAGGCAACCACAGCCUGGAGCGUCUACUAGUGAUCAAAGCGAUGCAUGAGGGGAGCGCUGGGGUGGGGACACAACACCAAAAGACAGAUAGUUACAUCUGAGUGGAAGACUAUUGCCUUGUACCGUUGUCAUCAGUAGUAAGCUCUUGUAUUUUUGUCUCUCCCUCGUAAUGUAAUUAAUUUUACUACUGCUGAUAUUUAAAGACACCAGUACAGAAGUACUGUAUGUAACUUUCAGAAAGCAGUUUCUUCUGUCCAGCAGCUUUUUAUAGCACUGCCAGUGAAACUUUAUGAAGUAAUUAAGAUGUGUUUUCAUUUGUGGAUGGCGCACACAAAGUCGAGCAGAUUUACAGUGGUAAGGCAGAUCUGAGCAUUUCAUUGGUGUAAACAUCUUUGCUUAGGAAUGGUCUGAAGCGUGGAACCAGGACACAGCGAGGGUAAAUGUGGAGUGGGUCUGGCACCGGUGCCACUGUUACGCUGCCCAUCCGGCAGUUUCUUCCACACAGGUCUGAUAAGUUUACUGUGAUCAGACUAAAGUAGUCAGAACCAACAGUGACGCCACAGCCAGAGUACAAAGCAGAAAUCUGUGAGCUGAUCAUUUUCUGUAGGUUAAUCACUCCCAGAGACCUCUUUGACACUGUUAUAUCAUUUUCAGGUUAUAAUUAGAUAUCUAAUUAUAUGUAAAACACUGUUAUUCCUUUUGAUUGUACCCACACAAGGUCACACGCACAACUGCUUUUUAACAAGUACAUGAUAUUUACUGGUAUGGUAGCAGAGCAUCAGUGUAACCAGUUCAUUAGGCAGUUCAGAAAUGGCACAUAGCGCUUUAUUCCUCUGAGCACCCGAAGCCUGUUCUACUGCAAGCGUCAUUUAACCAUUUGCACUCACAUUCACACAAGCACUUUCUUUACACCUGAGAGCUUUUCUCUAACAGUCACAUACACAUUGAACUUGGGGUUCAGUGUUUUGCAGACUGGAGGAUGAAGUCAUCAGUCUUCCUCCUGAGCCAACCUGAAGUACAAUUCCAAAAAGUUUUCAUGCUGUGUAAAAUUUAAAUAAAACAGAAUUGGCUCAUCUUUAUUCCUGAUAGAACACAGAAAGCAUAUCAAAUGUUUAAAUGGAGAAAACAUAUCAUUUUAAGAGAAAUAUGUAAUAUUUUAAUUUGAUGGCAGCAGCACAUCUCAGAAACAGGGUCAUGCUUCCCACUCUGUAGACUUUGGGAGAGGAAUGCUGUCCCAUUCUUGUCUCAUAGAGAUAUUUUUCACUUUAUGAUGCUCCACCAGCUGGUAACAGCAAGGACUCUUCUACUAUGAAGGCUUUCCAUGAAACACAUGCCAUCUGGAUGGGAGUAUAUGCUGCUCUAAAACUGCCAACUCCAGAGGCACUGAUGCACUGCCACACCAUCAGAAACGCAGGUUUUUGAACUGAGCACUGACAGCAAGUCGGAUAGUCUAGAAGACGCAGUGUCCAUGUUUUCCGAUUUCAAAUUAAAAUUUCUUCACUUUGCUUCAGUCCAUUUUAAAUGAGCUUUGGUCCAGAGAUGGUGGCACUGUGGUGUGUGUGGACAACACAGUGAGCUGUGUUCACAGACAGUGAUGUCUGGAAGUGUUCCUAAGCCCACGCACUGAUUUCAUAACAGGAUCGUGUCUGCUUGAGGACCUGAAGAUCAGCUGCAUCUAAUGUUGAUUUUCAGCCUGGUCCCUCAUGCAGAGAUUUCUCCAGAUUCUCUGAAUCUUCUGAGCUUAUGACUUUGGAUGAUGAGAUAUUCACAGUCUUUGCAACUAUUUGUUGAGGAACAUUAUUCUGAAAUUGCUCUACAAUGUUGUUGAAGCACUUUUUUGCAGAUCUCUCUCUCAGAUGUUCUCUUUUCCCCCCCAGUCCUGUUACUGACCUGUCAUCAGUUUGUCUAAUUACGUAUAAAAUGUUUCUUUUUUGUGUCACUUACUUUGUCAGCCUUUUGCCGCCCCAUCCCACCUUCUUUGAAACAUGCUGCUGCCAUCAAAUUCAAACUGAUUGUUUUUACAUGGUAGUACAAAUAUCAUGAGUGUGAGUCUACCUUUACAUGGCACACUCAGCAGGCACUGAUUGAACCUUUCAGUUCACACAAAGCUUCAGUUCAGCCUACCUCACUCUUUUACCAUGAUUUCAUGACAGCAGCUACACCCAUUAAAAGCAAGUAUUCCAUGACUUUCAUAUUUGUAGAUAUGUACAUGAACUCGCAUUUUCUUUUGAUUGUACAAUGGUACACAUCAUAUAGCAAAGACAUUAAAGUGAAGUCCCACAUUCCACCUGCUUCAAACGAGAUGCUUCCACUGAAUAACUAGAAUGGUUCCAUUGGAAAUGGAAGAAAACACAAGCUGGUUCACGAGUUAACAUCAAGGGUCUAAUCAUUUUAAACAGAACCAGUUAAAGAGCCAGAGCUAAUUUAAUAUAAAAGAGUCAGUGAGACCCCGAAGACCAGCCAUCGUCACCUUACCUUAUAUUCAAAGUUCUUACUUCCAGUUAAAGGAUUACUGAUGUGUCCCAAAAGUGCAUCCUGUUCAUCUGGACAUUUUCAGUGGGAGAAAUGUUUCGUCACUCAUCCAGGUGACUUCUUCAGUCUC